CUAAAUACCAGAUCUUGAUCAACCUAACUUUGGCUGACAAGACGGACUACGGGCCCCGACCACUUUGUCUCUGCUCCAGGUCUGCCCUUCCUUGCUUGCCACAUUGUACCUUGCCUUACUUCAGCUGCUCUUCGGUCCGAACUGUCGCCGUUAGUCUCAACACGGUGAGGUAUCAGCUAACACAUGGAGUAGGUUGCAGGACAACCAGGAACACCCCAGAGUUCAGCUCUUACACGCAACUGGCAGCUCCCAACGGCCCAAUAAGCGGCGCCAAUUGCAAGAACAGCUUCUGUCUGUCACUGCUAGCGAAUCACGUCCAGUUUCAGGACACUGAUCGGCCAGCUCUACUCCAAACCAGCAGCGCUACGGCGCAUCAUAUUGCGACGUCAAUCGCACCAAAGACAUCUUUGCUGCUUGCGGCUUUACCGACCUUGAAUCAUUGCUGUGACUGUGAGGAAGCCCCGGUCAAGCUGAGCUGAACAUACAGUACCUAUCCGUAGGUAGGUACGAAGUACCUUGCUUGCGCACACUCGGCACGUAUCCCGCGACGAGACAUCCAGAUCCCACCCAGCCAACCGUUGCAACGCCCUUUCCUUGGCCGUAGGUCAGCCCAGCUCCAAAAGAGCCCCAUUUUACAUGCAAGUAACGGCCCUCCCAAGCCUUCCAAGACGGCUCUGUACCCCGGAACACGCGUACAUGAAGCCCGCCGAGGGGCUCUAAACCCCCGUGAAAAUCCUCCUCCACGAUGGGUAACUGCUUCUCACUUCUUCUCCCCUCCCCCUCCUCCCCCUUGCUCGAGACCGCCGCCAUGACGAACCUCACCAUCCGCAACCUCACGGCCCUGCCCGUCACCCUCAAGCGUGUCGAACGCUUCGAGGGCGAGAGGAAGCGCACUGGAGACUUCCUGGGCAACACCUUUGGUACCAUUGGCUCCUUUAUGAAUGCGACCAACUUCACCACCAAAGAGACCCACGCAAAGGGAGAUGCCCACCAGACCGAAGACGUCGACGUUCAUGUCGAGCCAUUCGCCAUCAGCGGCACCGAGAUUGGCGCACCAGACAUUGGGAACCACGAUGUCGUUCGUCUCCAGUUCGAAAUCGAGGGCCACCGUUACGAGAUUGACGCCCCGAGCCCCACCAACCGCUCUUCCGUCAUGAAGAAGCUCGACGAUGCGCCUCUGGAGCUGACGGCCGUCUACGUGGCCAAUGGCGCGUUCCUCGCCAUCAUGUCGUCUGCAAACCUCAAUGCCUGGAUGCACGAGCUGCGCGACGAAUACCCGCUGCCCCUCCUCUCCAUCCCCGGCACCCACAACUCGCCGACGUGUUACACGGCGCUGCCCUCCGUCCGCUGCCAGGCCGUCGGCGUCCGCGAGCAGCUCGACAACGGCGUCCGCUUCCUCGACAUCAGAGUCUCCGUCUCCCAGGACAACGACGACCUCGCCCUCGUCCACUCCGCCUUCCCCAUCUCCCUGACCGGCAACAAGUACUUUGCCGACAUGCUCUCCGACAUCUACGCCUACCUGGACGCCAACCCCUCCGAGACGGUCCUCAUGUCCGUCAAGCGCGAGGGCACGGGCAAGGGCAACGACGAGCAGCUCAGCCGCUACCUCCGCGACCGCUACGUCGGCCGCGACGCCCACCGGUGGUUCGUCGAGCCGCGCAUCCCGCACCUCGGCGACUGCCGCGGCCGCAUCGUGCUCAUCCGCCGCUUCGGCCUCGACGAACCCCUGCGCGGCGAGCACGACGGCCGCGGCUGGGCCAUUGACGCCCAGAACUGGCCCGACAACUGCGAGGACGGCACCGUCGGCGGCGGCCUCAUCCGCGUCCAGGACUUUUACGAAAUCGACCAGUCGACAAACGUCGAGAAGAAGAUCAACUUCUCCCACGGCCAGCUCGAGCGCGCCGCCGAGCAGCUCUUCCACCUCCCCGGCAUGCCCGACUUCAACGCCGACGCGCCUCCCCUGCCCUUCUUUGUCAAUUUCUUGAGCGCGAGCAACUUCUUCAAUGCCACCUGCUGGCCGGAGCGCAUCGCCGCCAAAGUGAACCCCGCCGUCAUCGAGUAUCUAUGCAUACGCCACGGCGAGCCGGGUAAAGGCCCGCAUCAGCUCAACGUCGGCGACGCGGCGACGGGCAUCAUUGUCACGGACUGGGUUGGCGCGCACGGCGAUUGGGAUUUGAUCAGGUGUAUCGUGGGCAUGAACGCGCGUCUGCAGCUCAAGCACUAGGUGUGUCUGGGCCGCAGUGUGCGAUUGGAGACUGGCGCAAGGGUUGUGGAUAUCAAGGGAGGCAAGGCAUCAUUGUUACACGAUCAGAAAGCGAAGCGACAG